AGCUCCACUUCAAUUGCGAGAACUUGUCAACUGUCGUUGGGCAGAGGAGGUGACCCAGCAACUUGACACACUCCAGUUGUGUAAUUUAAGCAAGCAUGAAGAAAAUGAAAAAGACAAGUGUGAAAAUCAUCAUGAAAAGCUUAGUGUAUUUUGCUGGACAUGUAAGAAAUGUAUCUGCCACCAGUGUGCACUUUGGGGUGGAAUGCACGGCGGACAUACUUUUAAGCCUUUAGCGGAAAUAUAUGAGCAGCAUGUCACAAAAGUGAACGAAGAGGUGGCAAAGCUUCGCCGAAGACUUAUGGAGCUGAUAAGUUUGGUACAAGAAGUGGAAAGGAAUGUCGAAGCGGUCCGCAGUGCGAAAGAUGAACGUGUUCGAGAAAUCAGGAACGCUGUGGAGAUGAUGAUUGCUAGGUUAGAUACCCAGCUGAAGAACAAACUUAUAACACUAAUGGGUCAGAAGACAUCACUCACCCAAGAAACGGAACUUCUGGAGUCUUUGCUGCAAGAAGUAGAACAUCAGCUGAGGUCGUGCAGUAAAAGUGAGCUGAUCUCAAAAAGCGCCGAGAUUUUAAUGAUGUUCCAACAAGUACACCGGAAGCCCAUGGCGUCUUUUGUCACCACUCCUGUCCCCCCAGACUUCACAAGUGAGUUAGUUCCUGCUUAUGAUUCAACUACCUUUGUCCUGGAAAAUUUUAGCACUUUACGCCAGCGAGCAGAUCCCGUUUACAGCCCACCACUUCAAAUUUCUGGGCUUUGCUGGAGGCUAAAAGUGUAUCCAGAUGGAAAUGGAGUGGUACGUGGCUACUAUUUAUCGGUAUUUCUUGAGCUCUCCGCCGGAUUGCCAGAAACAUCCAAAUAUGAAUAUCGUGUUGAGAUGGUCCAUCAAUCCACUAAUGACCCUGCCAAAAACAUCAUUAGAGAAUUUGCAUCUGAUUUUGAAGUUGGGGAAUGCUGGGGUUACAACAGGUUUUUCCGACUGGAUUUGCUUGCCAAUGAAGGCUAUUUGAACAGGCAGAAUGACACGGUCAUAUUACGGUUCCAGGUGCGUUCACCUACAUUCUUCCAGAAAUGUCGGGAUCAGUACUGGUACAUUUCUCAGCUGGAAGCUGCUCAAACAAGCCACGUCCAGCAAAUAAAUAAUCUGAAAGAGAGGCUUGCGAUCGAGCUUUCCCGGAUCCAGAAAUCCCACGGCGUCUCCUCUCCUGAUACUCACCUCAGCCCACAAAGCGAUGAGGGCCCGGAAACGAGACCAAAGAAAUCGGGACCAAACGCAGAAGUGCUUCUUGAAGCCGUGGCCGGCACAGCGCCUCCCAGAGACACAAAACAAGAAGAGGAGGAAAAAGUCCAAUAUGAAGACUUUAACCACGAACUCUCCGACGGGGAUCUGGAUGUUGAUUUUGUGGGGCAAGAUGAGGCAAACCAUUUGGACGGCAGCAGCUCCUCCGUGAGCUCAACAGCCACCAGCAACACGGAGGAGAACGACAUAGACGAAGAGACCAUGUCUGGAGAGAAUGACGUGGAAUACACUCAUAACAUGGAAUUGGAGGAAGGAGACCUUGUGGAAGAAGCCACAUCUGCCUCAGCAGGUGCUUCAGGUGGGAGCCAUGCCUACCGCACAACAUCCAGCCACUUGUCAAGGCGAGGAGGAAGUGCGCUCACUUCUGCCAGUAGCAGCUUGCUUGAUAUAGAUCCCUUAAUAUUAAUCCAUUUGCUGGACCUGAAAGACAGAAAUGUGAUGGAAAACCUGUGGAAUCUACAGCCACGCCCACCUGCCUCACUUUUGCAGAAUAGAGAGAAAGACCACCGGAGGCACCAGGCCAUGUGGCGCGUCCCACCAGACUUGAAAAUGCUGAAGAGGUUGAAAAGUCAGAUGGCUGAAGUACGGAGUAAAAUGUCCGAUGUGAAGAACCAGCUGUCCGAGGUUCGGAGUAGCAACACCAGCUCCUCGGAUGGGCAGGCCACGUACGCCUUCCCUGGUGACCAGGGAGCCUUGGCGGCCUGUGGGACAGAAGGCUACAACAAACUGCAGGAACUUGGGAGGGAACUACUGACAAAAUCAUCCCUUUCUGGCUGCUAUAUUCGGAAUUCUGCAAAUAAGAAAAACAGUUCAACUAAAGCUGGUCGCUCAGGGGCAGCAGGCAGCCUGUCUUUGCGGAGAGCGAUGGAUUGCGGGGAUGGAAAUAUCCUUCUGAAGCCAGACUGUCAGCUUUCCUCUGAAGGUUGCCUAGGAAACUCGAAGCCCAACAGUCGGCGUGGCUCCCCGAGGUCUUUGGCUGGCACUUCAGACCCCCUGCCUAAUUCUGAAGACAGAAUAUGCGAGGUUUCCAAUUCCAACGUUGGUGCUUCUGCUUUAAAUGGCAUAACUGCUGGGGAAAAAGCCAGGAAAGGAACAGUGGUGGGGUAAGUUUGGGGAGACUUGAAAAAGAACAUGCAGCUCACGACCGCAGUUGAGCCCAAGAUUUUUGUUGCUAAAAGUGAAAC